CAGUGUUGUUGUGGCUCAGCUGAUUUCUGCUCUGCUUCUUUUCUCCAAACACAACAACACGUUUCUCUGCCGGUUACCGGUUACCGGUUAACGGACUCACCAUGAACGUGACGCUGGCGGUGAAGCAGUAUGUGUCUAAGAUGAUAGAGAGCAGCGGGCCCGGUAUGAAGGUGCUGCUGAUGGACCGGGACACGACCAGUAUAGUCAGUGUGGUGUACACUCAGUCAGAGAUCCUACAGAAGGAAGUGUACCUGUUCGAACGCAUCGACUCUCAGAACAGAGACAACAUGAAACACCUGAAGGCCAUCUGCUUCCUGCGGCCCACCAAGGAGAACGUGGAGCAUCUGAUCCAGGAGCUGAGGAGACCAAAGUACAGCGUUUACUUCAUCUACUUCAGUAAUGUGAUCAGUAAGAGUGAGAUCAAAGCUCUGGCUGAGGCUGAUGAACAGGAAGUCGUGGCUGAGAUUCAGGAGUUUUAUGGAGACUUCAUCGCUGUGAAUCCUCACCUGUUCUCUCUCAACCUGCAGGGAGUCGCUCGGGGGCGGAGCUGGGAGUCCUCCAUGCUCUCUCGCUGUACUCAGGGUUUGACCUCCGUGCUUCUCGCUCUGAAGAAGUGUCCGAUGAUCCGUUACCAGCUGUCCUCCGACAUGUCCAAACGCCUCGCCGAGAGCGUCAAGCAAAUCAUCACCAAAGAGUACGAGCUGUUCGACUUCAGGAAGACUGAAGUUCCUCCUCUGCUGCUCAUCCUCGACCGCAGCGACGACUCCAUCACACCUCUGCUCAACCAGUGGACGUACCAGGCAAUGGUCCACGAGCUUCUGGGUCUCAACAACAACCGGAUCGACCUGUCCAGAGUUCCAGGGAUCAGUAAAGAUCUAAAGGAAGUAGUUCUGUCUGCCGAGAACGACGAGUUCUACGCUAACAACUUGUACCUGAACUUCGGGGAGAUCGGCACCAACAUAAAGAACCUGAUGGAGGAUUUCCAGAAGAAGAAACCUAAAGAUCAACAGAAGCUGGAGUCCAUCACAGACAUGAAGGCGUUCGUGGAUAACUACCCUCAGUUUAAGAAGAUGUCGGGCACCGUGUCCAAACACGUGACGGUGGUGGGAGAACUUUCCCGCCUGGUGUCGGAGCGUCAGCUGAUGGAAGUAUCGGAGGCGGAGCAAGAGUUAGCGUGUCAGAACGACCACUCCAACGCCAUGCAGAGCGUGCGUCGCCUGCUGCAGAACCCUCGGCUCUCAGAGUUGGACGCGGUGCGGCUCGUCAUGCUCUACGCUCUGCGGUACGAGCGCCACAGCAGCAGCAUCCUGCCCGCUCUGAUGGAGGAGCUGAGCCGCCGCGGCGUUUCUGAACGCCACCGCAGGAUGGUUCAGUGUGUGGUGGAGUACGGAGGGAAGCGAGUCAGAGGAAGUGACCUCAUCACGCCGACAGACGCCGUCGCCAUCACGAAACAGUUCUUCAAGGGCCUCAAGGGUGUGGAGAACGUGUACACUCAGCAUCAGCCUCUGCUUCAUGACACUCUGGAUCAGCUGAUCAAAGGGAGACUGAAGGACAGUCAGUUCCCGUACCUGGGAGCCAGCAGCCUCCGAGACAGGCCUCAGGAUAUCAUCGUGUUUAUGAUCGGUGGAGCCAUGUAUGAAGAAGCUCUGACUGUUUACAACCUGAACCGCAGCACACCUGGAGUCCGUAUCGUACUGGGAGGAAGUAACAUCCACAACACUAAGAGUUUCCUGGAGGAAGUGAUGUCAUCGUCGAGUCACCUCACCGACAGAGCGCAGGGAGGCGGUCGCCAUGGCAGCAGGCGCUGAGCAACCAACACAGAAACACUCCUGAACAGCAUCAUUCCCGCUCUGUGUCUCUCUGUGUCCGGUCCAUCAGAGCAGAGAUCAGACCCUGCUGAACUCGCUUCUUUUAUUUAAGAUGUUUAACGUUUGUGUUGAAUCCUGAUGAACAUGUAAGAAUGUAAAAUACACAAAUAUGUUUGUUUUUCUCCUAAAUUCCUCUCUCUCUCUCUCUGCGUGUCUCUCUCGUUGAUAAGUGUUCUCAUUUUUAUUUUGUGCAUUAAGAGAAAAACUUGCAACACUGGAAAUUCAAAAUAAACCCUAAAAGUAA